AUGGCGGACAAGGAGGCUUCCGUGUACAUCAUCGAUGUUGGCAACUCGAUGGCCGACUGCCACAACGGCCGCACGGAGUCAGAUCUUGACUGGAGCAUGCGCUAUGUCUGGGACAAGAUCUCCACCACCGUCGCCGCGUCGCGCAAGACCUGGACCGUUGGCGUGGUCGGUCUCAAGACGGAUGACACUCGCAAUGCCAUGCAGGACGACGAGGGCUACGAAAGCAUCUCCGUGUUGCAAGAACUCGGGCCAAUGACUUUGACGUCCAUGAGAGAGCUCAAGGAGGAGAUCAAGCCGAGUGGCACGGAAACGGGCGAUGCGGUUUCCGCGGUGGUCAUUGCAGUCGACAUGAUCCAGACGUUCACCAAGAAGCUUAAGUACAAGCGCCGGGUGUACCUCAUCACGGACGGUCUAGGGCCAAUUGAUGCGGACGACGUCGAUGAUAUUGCCAAGAAGAUCAACUCUGACGGGAUUGAGUUGAUUGUCUUGGGUGUGGAUUUUGACGAUGCUGAGUACGGCUUCAAGGAGGAGGACAAGCCCUCAAUCAAGAAACAAAACGAGGAAGUCCUGAAAGACCUUGCCUCGAAAUGCGACAAUGGUCAAUUUGCAACCAUAGCAGAGGCAAUCGACGAGCUCGACACCCCUCGACUCAAGGCCGUUCGUCCCUACAAGACGUACGACGCUCCCCUGACCCUCGGCCACGCCGACCCGCCACCAGAGCUCAAGAUCCCUCCUACGCCCGUCAUCAUCACCGUCGAGCGCUACUUCAAGACCAAGCUUGCCAAGGCACCAGGCUCCUCCACGGUUGUCGUGUCAGCUGAUCCUUCGUCGCAAUCGACGCACACCAUGGACGCCGAGCCCAUGGAAGGUGUCGAGUCGACAGCUGGCUUUGCUGCUGUGAAGUCUGCGAGGACAUAUAAGGUCAAUGAUCCUGAUGCACCUGGUGGAAAGCGGGAUGUCGAGUUUGAGGCGUUGGCGAAGGGGUACGAGUACGGCCGGACUGCAGUGGCGAUUAGCGAGUCUGAGUGGAAUGUCACCAAGCUCGAGACUAUCAAGACGUUCACCAUCAUUGGCUUUAUUCCGAGCGAAAAGUACGAACCGUUCCUCAACAUGGGCGAGACCUGCGUAACAGUCGGCCGCAAGUUUGACGAGAAAUCCCAACUGGCCCUCUCUUCCCUGAUUCACGCCCUUUACGAGUUAGAAUCUUAUGCCGUCGCUCGCCUCGUUAUCAAAGAGAAGAAAGAUCCCCUUCUCGUACUCCUUGCGCCUCGCAUCGAGCCCGAUAUGGAGUGCCUCUACGAUAUCCCUCUCCCAUUUGCGGAGGACGUUCGCGGCUACCAGUUCCCACCCCUCGACCAGGUCAUUACCGUCAGCGGGCAAAAGAUCACCAUAAAUCAUCGUUUGCUCCCUAGCGAUGAGCUAACUGAUGCGAUGAGUGAUUACGUUGACUCGAUGGACUUGGGCACUUUUGGCAACGAUGAUGAGGGAAACCCUUCCGAAUAUGCCGCAAUCGACGACACAUACAACCCCAUAAUUCACCGCCUGAACCAAGCCAUCCGCCAACGAGCCGUCGAUCCAGAAGGCAAAAUCAACCCCGUCCCACCAGUCCUCGUCCGCUACGCCGCACCCCCUGAAGACCUUGUCCAAAAGUCCGCAUCAUCAAUCGAAGCCCUCAUCACCGCGGCAGACGUCAAGAAAGUGCCUCCCAAAGCAAAGGGCAAGCGCAAUCGCGAGACGAUCAAGCCCCUUUCCGGCCUCGACGUCGACGCCCUCCUCGGCACCGCGCCUAAACGCGCCAAGAUCUCCCCAGAGAACGCCAUCCCAGAGUUCAAGCAGGCCCUCGAUACUGCCGAGGACAUUGCGCAGAUCAAGCACGCCGCGGCGCAGAUGGGCUCCAUUGUGCGCUCGCUCGUCACGGACAGCUUCGGGUAUGCCAACUAUGCUCGCGCGGCGGAGAAUUUGGGUGUGCUGAGGGAGGGCUUGAUUGACAUGGAGGAGCCGGGUAUCUACAAUGACUUUAUGAGGGACCUCAAGAAGAAGAUGCUCUCUGGAGAGUUGGGCGGUGAUCGGAGAGAGAUGUGGUGGAAGAUUCGGACGUCGAGGCUGGGAUUGAUCGACCAGUCUGCGUCUGAAGUGUCGAAAGUGACGAGCGACGAGGCUGACGAGUUUUUGAAGUCAAAAUAA